CAUCUGCCAAAACCAUGAGAUGCGUAGAACACCCAACUUAUAUUACUCCAACCCUCCCCGCCAUUUCCAAACACUGCCAACAUCCAUCUUUCGAGGUGGAGAUACAGUCCAAAGAGAGCCAUGGGAGUUGCCAUUAGGAUCAUGAGGAGAUCCAUCAAUGCCUUCUUCCAUGACUACCACUGUUUCACCUCCAUUGCUGUUCUUCUUGUCUUCCCUGCUUCAGCCUCCCUCCUCCUUUCCCAGGCACCAAUCCCUUACUCCACGACAGUCCUCGAGACCAUCUCGUCCCGCCUGCGGUCGCUGUUCCAGGCCGCGAGGUUUCCCGUCACCUCUACAUUCUUCUCCCUUCUCAACGUGAAGCUCGCACAAACGGGCUUCUCCUUCGUCUUCACGCUGCCGUUCGUCCUCACCUUCUUGCUCCUCGCCAAAGCAUCCAUAAUUCACAACGUCUGCGGCGGCCCUCGCCGCAAACGAGCCCCGCCUCGCCUCUCUUCUUCCCUCCGCCUCUACCGCUCGAUCCUCCCGACGCACCUCUUCAACUCCUGCCUCGUUCUGUCCGCCAACGCCAGCGUUUUCGCCUUCUUGUCCGUCGUGUCCAACGCAGUGGACCUUCUCGGCCUCUCGACGAGCAACUCCAUGCUUGUUCUCUCUGCCGCUGGUGCUGUUCUCUACUCCAUCGCCGUUGCCAACACGACGGUGAUCUGCAGCCUGGCGAUCGUCGUCUCUGCGACGGACAACUGCCGCGGCUACAUCCCAGUCCUCAAGGCCUGCAUGCUCAUCAGGGGAAGGGUCAAGACUGCGUUAUCCCUGGCCUUGUCUGCCAACCUGGGAGUGGCCGCAGUUGAAGCUUUGUUUCAGUAUAGGGUGGUGAGGCAAUACGGUCUUUCGGGGAAACUGAAUUCAUCUCUUCUCUGGGAGGCACUCUACAUCUCUUACGUCCAUGCUCUCCUUGUUGCACUCGAGGUGAUCAUGAACUGCAUGUUCUUCAAGAGCUGUCAAACAGAUUGCUGCUCCAACUGGAAGAAUGGGUAUGACCGUCAAGAAAAGUUAGAACCAGAAGAGAGCUUAUGAUUCCCAUGCUUUGGAAUAAAUGUUGUCAAGCUAAGAUCAAAUUCCCGUAAUGGUUAAGCGAUAGUUUGCCUCAAAGGAAUUGAUGUUCCAUAUGUUUUUUCCUGUUCAUAAGGUGUCAGCUCGAGACAUUUAAUGGAAACAGGUGAGCUCAUGCACUAUUUUCUCAUA